AGCGAGAGAGAGAGAGAGAGAGAGAGAAAGAGAGGGAGGGUGUGUGUGUGUGAGACAGAAAGAACGUCUACCUGUUUCAGACCGAGAAGAGCGAGCAGGGAAAAGGCAGGGCAAUGCUCAGUGAGUGGUUUUGGUGGGAUCGUUUGUGGUUGCCUGUGAAUGUCACAUGGGCAGAUCUGCAGGAUAAAGAGGGCCAGGUUUACGCUCAUGUAUCCCAUCUGUAUAUGAUUUUACCCAUCGCUGUAGUGCUGCUGGGACUCAGAGUCCUGUAUGAGAGACUAAUUGCUCCACCUAUCGCUGCAGCCCUCGGAGUGAAAGACAAAUCCCGCCUGAGAGCCUCAAAUAAUCCCACACUGGAACAGUACUAUAACACACACUCUAAACAUCCAUCAAAGCUCGAUGUUAGAGGGCUCAGUAAGAAGUUGAGCUGGUCAGAGCGUCAGGUUGAACAAUGGUUUCGCAGACGGAGAAAUCACGACAGACCUGGAGUGCUGAAGAAGUUUAGAGAAGCCAGCUGGAGGUUUGUGUUUUAUCUCUGCGCUUUUCUCGGAGGUCUCGUGGCUUUACAUGACAAACCGUGGUUUUAUGAUUUACGUGAAGUGUGGGCGGGAUUUCCCAAACAGACCCUGCUGGACUCGCAGUACUGGUAUUACAUGAUUGAGAUGAGUUUUUACAGCUCCUUGUUAUUCAGUGUGGCCGUAGACGUCAAACGUAAGGAUUUUAAAGAGCAGCUGGUUCAUCACUGGGCCACUUUAACACUGCUGUCCUUUUCCUGGUGUGCAAACUACAUCCGCAUCGGGACUCUGGUCAUGCUGGUGCACGACGCCUCUGAUGUUUUAUUAGAGUCGGGGAAGGUGUUUAAUUACGCGGGAUGGACGUGCACCUGUAACACCAUCUUCAUCCUCUUCACCGUGGUCUUCAUGGUCACCAGGCUGGUCAUCUUCCCUUUCUGGUUGAUCCACUGUUCCUGGGUUUAUCCUCUGGAACAGUUUCAGCCAUUUUUUGGAUAUUAUUUCUUCAACGGCAUGCUGGUGGUCCUGCUGCUGCUGCACGGGUUCUGGGCGUCGCUCAUCCUGCGCAUGGUCAUAAAACUCAUGUUUGGUGAAAUGAAAGGUGAUGAAAGAAGUGAUGAGGAAGAGGAGGAGAGUCAGGAUGAAGCACAAAACCACAACCAUACACACUGUGAGAGUUCUGCUAACGGAUUAUCUAACGGUCACUGACUCGAAACCGGACGCGAGGACUGCGAGGACAUAUGAGGACGUCGAUUCAACUUUAUGUCCAUAUUGGGCACAAAAACUUUCACUGACUGACUCAAGACAUUUAUUUUUAGACGCAUGUUUUUCAGAAUAGGUUUAAACUCAGAAAAGUGUUAAAUAAAACUUGGACUUCCAUCUGGAGUAGAUCUGGAUCAUCUGGAUUAAUGUGUGAUUGUUACGUGACAGUAAAACUUUAAUUUAAGGUUCUGGAAUAAAUUGUUUAGAAUCAGGUACUAUGUAGUUCAACAAUUUUAAAAAUUUAAUUUAAAUUAUUAAUUAAUUAAUUCUCAUUAGGAUACACUUUAGUUUUAGUUUUUGUAGGUUUUAACCUUCUUUCCAAAUAUUAAUGUAAAAAAAUUAGUCUUGAACUAAAUAAUCUUAAAUAUUUAUUACUUCAUAAUGAAUUAGUUAUUAAGGUUUAAUUAGUAAGCGAAAUAUUACUUAAUUAUAAUUGGUUUAUUUUCUGAACCUUAAAUUAGUGUUACCAAAGUGAUUACAAAAAUAAAUACAUUCAGGUGGUGACACUUUACAUUAAAGUUCCCUCAACACACAUUAUUUACAUCAUCAGCAUUAGCAUAAUUAUUAUCAUUAACACCACACCAUAAACUUCAACGUUAACAGCGUCAGUCGAGCAGAUGAUUAUUAUUAACAUCACAGAGCUGUUGGAUUCUGAAUUCUGGAUUGUGAUUGGUCAGAAGGUGUUGAUUAAUUUUCUAUAACACAGCUUUAUAUGAUAAUAUAAAUCACAGGUUUAUAUUAAUGCACUCCUUCUAACAUGUUAUAGUAAAACACUUGGGGAUGUGCUGUUGUAGGAAAGUAAUCAACUCCGGGGUGGUAAUGUAAUUUAUUCUAACUUCUGAGGAUUUGACUGAAGUCCUGAUGGAAUUCAGGUGUGUGUAGUCAUAUUUAAACAAAUAAUGAACACAUUUUUGUUAGUUUAUUAACAUUACUAAUGUUGUGUUCAUGUUAAUUAAGAGAACUUUAAUGUAAAAGUUAACAAACAACACACAUUUUUCAUUGUCAUCUUUUUACUGAACAAGAUUUAAACAAUAAAGUUUAUAACCUGAAUAAUUACAUGAACUCUUACAUUUCUUAGGAACUCUGACCUGAAGCUGAAGUUAAUGAAGUUAAAGUCGUGUUUUCAUGUGAAACGUAACUUUUAUUACUUUUCUAAAACUGUUAGAUGAGUUUUGUUUUAAAGCAACUACACCGUUUUAACUGAAAACGUCAUUCUCUGUAAGUUUGCUGUUCAUAUGGAUGAUUAACACUACGCAGUUUAUUAAUGAAUUAAUCAUAAAUAUAAUAUUCUCUAUUCCUGCUGCUGGAGUCAGUGCUAGUCUCGCCUGGCAUUAGCACAGAAAACAGGCUAACAGUUAAAUAUAGUCUGUAUAUGCUUCCAAAAUUACAGAAACUUACCUCAACAUGCCUUCUAGCGAGGUAAAAAGGAGACGCCUCGUUUUAAUAUUUGAAUAUUUUACUGAAAUAUUUCAC